AUGGAUGCAGCAGACUGUGCAAUUAGAGAAAUUAGAAGACAAGAAAAAGUUGUGCGAUUUCAUUUUUGUCGUCUGUUUGUCCAUCAAUCCAGUUUCAGUCCAUUCAGUAUAAAAUGUGGCCUAAAUCAUCACGGAUUUAUUGAAAAUUCUUUUGAUAUUAAAUUCUCAAUAUUUACUUGCUUACCUUAUAUAUACACUGUUGUACAAAGCCCAGGCAAGUUAUUUCACAUUACAAGAACGAAAAGGAGUCAUGCGAAGGUGCCAGAGGUUGCCAGAUUUGCUUCUAAAGACGAUGUCAGACAAAGGCACGUGGAAAUAGCUAUUUCAGAGGAGUGCAGAAGGUCAACAAAUAUAAAUUUAAAUAGGUCUAUUUACAACACCAGAAUAUUAAGCAAAAUGAAUCAGGAGAAUGCUAAAAAUCCCUUCGGUUGGAAAGAUGACGAGGAUAUAGUAAUAUUUUUGUUAAAUCGCAUCACCGAUUUUACAAAAUUUUACUCAAAAAAUUCCUGGUUUAAGCAUUUUUGA